CAACAAUGUCAAUCACUCUGCCUGCCAGUCUAUGCAAAUCGAGGAACAGAUGCGGAACAGGGAGAAGAAGCAGCACAUAGCGGGCAAACAGCGGUAGAGGGGGCGAGCGACUGUUGCCCUUCAUCAUUUCACCACAGCUACUUUCAAUUGCGGGCCCGUUGUAUUAUUUUAUCGAUUUGGACUCGAAUAUAUACUGAACCGCUGUGAAAAUGGCGCAGCCAGACAGCAAGAAAAUAUUCUUUGAGAACCUGUCGGGAGCGGGGAAAGCUAUCGCCGUGCUGACAAGCGGAGGGGAUGCUCAAGGGAUGAAUGCUGCUGUACGUGCUGUGGUUCGAAUGGGGUUAUAUGUGGGAGCAAAAGUUUAUUUCAUUCAUGAGGGAUAUCAGGGUAUGGUGGACGGUGGAGAGAACAUUAAGGAAGCCUCAUGGGAAAGCGUCUCCAGCAUGCUACAAGUGGGUGGGACUGUCAUUGGCAGUGCCCGCUGUAAAGAGUUUCGCACCCAUGAGGGACGCCUGAAGGCAGCUCACAACCUGGUGCAGCACGGAAUCACCAACCUGUGUGUGAUCGGUGGAGAUGGCAGUCUGACAGGAGCCAACCUCUUCAGGGAGGAGUGGAGUGGGCUUCUGACGGAGCUGGUGGAGCAAGGCUUGAUCGAAGCCGAUGCCGUUCAGAAGUAUUCGGCCCUUCACAUUGUGGGGAUGGUUGGCUCCAUUGAUAACGACUUCUGUGGAACUGACAUGACAAUCGGUACUGACUCUGCUCUGCACAGAAUCAUCGAGGUGGUGGACGCAAUUAUGACAACUGCUCAGAGUCACCAGAGGACAUUUGUGUUAGAGGUCAUGGGCCGACACUGCGGCUACCUUGCCUUGGUGAGCGCCCUGGCUUGUGGUGCUGACUGGGUGUUGAUCCCUGAGAUGCCCCCAGAGGACGGCUGGGAGGAUAAGAUGUGUCAGAAACUGUCAGCGAACCGAGCAGGGAUGAAAAGGCUGAAUAUCAUAAUUGUAGCUGAAGGGGCGAUUGAUCAGAACAACAUGCCCAUUACCACUGACUAUAUCAAGAAUCUUGUUGUUAAAUGCUUGGGUUUCGACACGCGAGUGACAAUCCUGGGGCAUGUGCAGAGAGGAGGGACCCCUUCUGCUUUUGACCGCAUACUGGCCAGUCGAAUGGGUGUGGAGGCUGUUCUUGCCCUUCUGGAGACCACAGCCAACACGCCAGCCUGUGUGGUCUCUCUGUGCGGUAACCAAUCGGUGCGCCUGCCUCUGAUGGAGUGUGUACAGAUGACUCAAGAGGUCCAGAAGGCCAUGGAUGAGAAACGGUUCGAGGAGGCAGUUAGGCUUCGGGGCAGGAGUUUCGAAAACAACCUGAAGACAUACAAACUGCUGGCUCAUCGUAAACCAGAAUCCGAACUGCCAGUUAGCAACUUCAAUGUGGCGGUGUUGAAUGUUGGUGCCCCUGCAGCUGGCAUGAAUGCUGCAGUUCGUUCAGCCAUCAGGGUGGGCAUCUCUGAGGGGCACAAGAUGUUUGCGGUCAGUGAUGGGUUCGAGGGAUUCUCCAAAGGACAGAUUAAGGAGAUUAAAUGGGCUGAUGUUGGUGGAUGGACGGGACAAGGUGGAUCUCUGCUUGGAACCAAAAGAACACUUCCUGCAAAGCAUAUUGAUAAAAUUGCUGAGCAGAUGCAGAAGCACAACAUUAAUGCACUGCUAAUUGUUGGCGGAUUUGAGGCCUUCCUGUCACUGCUGGAAUUGUUAACGGCUCGCGGGAAAUAUGACGAGUUCUGUGUGCCCAUGGUCAUGGUCCCAGCCACUGUCUCCAAUAAUGUGCCAGGCUCAGACCUCAGCAUUGGCGCUGACACGGCUCUGAACGCCAUCACUACUACUUGUGACCGCAUCAAGCAGUCGGCCAGCGGGACCAAGAGACGAGUGUUCAUUAUUGAGACCAUGGGAGGCUACUGUGGCUACCUGGCCAGUGUAGGAGGCCUGGCUGCUGGAGCUGAUGCUGCCUACAUCUAUGAGGAGCCAUUUGACAUCAGAGACCUGCAGGCCAAUGUUGAACACUUGACAGAGAAAAUGAAGACCAGCAUUCAGAGAGGACUGGUUCUCAGGAACGAGAACAGUAAUGAGAACUACACUACAGACUUUAUCUACCAGCUGUACUCUGAAGAAGGGAAGGGAGUGUUUGACUCCAGGAAGAAUGUGCUGGGACACAUGCAGCAGGGAGGAGCACCGUCUCCGUUUGACCGCAACUUUGGGACCAAGAUCUCCGCCAAGGCGAUGCAGUGGGUUACUAAAAAGCUAGUGGAGACAUUCAGACAUGAUGAAGGCCGAGUGUUUGCUAACGGUGAGGAUUCCUGCUGCCUGCUGGGGAUGCGUCGCAGGGCUCUGGUCUUCCAGCCAGUUGUACAACUCAAGGACCAGACUGACUUUGUUCACAGGAUCCCUAAGGAGCAGUGGUGGUUGAAGCUGCGUCCUCUGAUGAAGAUCCUGGCUAAGUACAAGACGAGCUACGACGUCUCAGACUCUGGACAGCUGGAGCAUGUUGUACGCAACCGGCCUAAAGAAUCGGACGCUUCAGUAGCAAUGUGAAGGCCUGUACAUCUUGCGGCCUGCAACGUCCGGUCUCUGUGUCAGACUGAAAGUCUGUGAGGCGUCAGUUGGUGUGUUGUAAAAGAGCUCCAGUAACGUCAAUGUCAACUGCAGUUUCUGUUUGGCCACAUACCAUGUCAUUUCCCUUUCAGUGUCACUCCUCUCUGUUUUGUCUUGACAAAGUCAUGAACUGUAACCUUGCCUCUGCUGUGUUUCUAACAUCAAACACACACAUGCUCUCACACACAUAGAAACAGCUGACCUGCCAUACAUUUGUGUGUCCUUGUUGCCCCGGAUGUUUAGUGUCAUCAUUGUUUUUAAAUUGCACUUUCUCUGUAUGCGGUUGUUUAGGCAGGCUCUGAGACCAGAGCUGCACGAGGACUGAAUAGACUCUGAUGUAAAAACCAGUUUGUGUGUGUGUGUGUAUCUGCCUAGAACCAGUGUGAGGUUCAGCAUAUUUAUGUGAGACUGAUGCAAUACAGUUGUACUGCUGCAAUUCAAGAGAACUGCUUGCUGUGCUUUACACUGAAACUAAUACUGAUAUUUUUAACAUUGUUGAUUUUGCUUGUAAACAUGGAUAUAUUAUUAACUGUAGGCACUGCUAUACUGAAUAGCUGUAUAUUCAUGUCAUAUUGCACCAACAAGUUAGAUGUGUAAGAGACUGUUUCCCACAGAAUAAAAAUCUGAUUUGA